GCCCGCCCAGCUCCUUCCCUCAGGGCGCGUCAUCAGUGCUCGCCCAGUCCUGUCCCUCAGAUUUGCGUUGUGUCGUAGAAGCCCCCUAAUAAAUGCAAAUACAAUAGCGCACACGAUUCCAAGUAUAAUAGGCAGUAUUAUGGUGUUGAUAUUAGGACUAAUACGCUUGUUGGAGCCAUGAGUGCGGCUCCAGGAAGCGGAAGUAAAGGCUUAGCGUCUUCAGGCUCCACGAGGGACCGUGUUAGUAAACAGCCCAAAUGGGAGGUCCUCCGGGUUGGAAUCACCGCGCUGUGUUAUGAGAACAUCUGACUACGGAGCCCUCUCACCCAGUUCUCUUCCUGCUGGGGGAACAUCGCGUUGCUGGGAUGGAUUUGAGCUUUAGCACGGCUUGCUGUCCGCCAUCCCUUACAGUGGAAUGCACUGAGCUGCCCCUUACUCACAGGCACAGCAGCUCCUGUAAGGAAACUGGAAAGGUUCCUAAUUUCCCAAUGUCAUCUACUCUCCAAGAAAUGGUCUCACACGCUGCCAGCAAGCAUGGCCGCAGAAAUGCUGUGUGUUUCCACUCCUUCCAGGAAGCUCCAGUAUUCUACACUUACAGCAAGAUGAUGCAGCUGGCAGAAGAGCUUGCUCUCUUUUUGAAAUCUCACUGUUGCUAUAUGGAAACCUGCAAAAUUGGUCUCUAUUGUAAUCCAGUAAUAAACCUACCAUCUUAUAUUAUUGGAAUUCUUCAGGUCCCUGCAGCUUAUUUUCCUAUAGAUCCAAGUAAUCCAUCAGAUAUAAGCACCAAGUUAAUGGAAAAGAGUAAUGUUGAAUACAUGCUUGUACAUAAGGACAUAGUGGAGAACUUCAAGCUGCAGUUUCCAGGCUGCUUGGAACUGGAUUCUACAAGCAUACAUCAUCUUGACGUGAAUCUCUUUGAGGUUAAAAGAAUUGAAAAAUCAGUUGUCUUACCAGCGAGAGUUGAUUUAAGUGAGAAUACAAGUAGGCUUGAUCUGCUCAGACAGCAGAAUGUUACAACUGAAGAGAAGCACAAAGAGAACUUGAUGUAUGAAGAGCACAUGGAUAUUCGAGAGAAGCAUUGCUUAGCUUAUAUACUACACACCUCUGGAACAACAGGGGCUCCCAAAAUAGUCAGUGUACCUCAUCGGUGCAUAGUGCCAAACAUACACCACCUUCGAUCCAUCUUUGAGAUAUCACCCAAUGAUCUCCUAUUUUUGGCUUCUCCUCUGACAUUUGAUCCCUCAGUUAUUGAGCUAUUUCUUGCAUUAUCCAGUGGAGCUUGUCUUCUGAUAGUGCCAAACCCCAUUAAAAUGAUGCCACAUAAAUUGUGUGACAUUCUUUUCCAUCAGCAUAGAGUGACAGUGUUACAGGUUACACCCACUUUCUUGAGAAGAUUUGGGUCACAUUCCAUCCGAUCAUCUGUGUUGUCUAAGGGAACAUCUCUCAGGGUGCUUGCACUUGGUGGUGAGCCUUUUCAAGCUCUCUCUGUCAUCAGAAGCUGGAAAGAACCAGGGAACAGGACACGCCUUAUUAAUCUCUAUGGCAUAACAGAAGUUUCAAGCUGGGCAACUUAUUUUGAGAUCACAGAGCAAAUGAUUAGCCAUCAAACUAGAGAAGAGUCAUGUGUUCCACUUGGUGUUCCACUUCAAGGGACGAUAGUUGAAGUUCAGCGGGAAAAAGGCUGUAAAAUAGAAGAAGGGCAAGUACUUAUAGGGGGUAGAGAACGUAUAUGUUUCCUAGAUGACGAAUUCAUUUUGCCUUAUGGAACCAUGAGAAAAACAGGUGACUGGGUUACAUUAAAGGACGGGGAAAUGUAUUUCUUGGGACGGAAAGAUAAUCAAAUCAAACGCAAUGGAAAACGGCUGAAUAUUGAAUAUGUGCAGCAGUCAGCAGAAAGCCUGGCCCAUGUGGAAGCCUGCACAGCUCUGUGGUUCCAGGCCAAACAGUUGAUCUUGUUUGUGAUCCCAAAUGGUCCUUUAGAAAAGAAGUUCCUCUGGAAAGAGCUGCAGUCACAUCUGCUAAGCUAUGCGGUACCUGAUGAUCUGGUUCUGGUAGAAACUUUACCUCUAACAAAGCAUGGUAAAAUGGACGUAUCCAGGUUAAAUGAUAUGUACCGUGAAUAUUUAAAUGUAAGGAAAUCAAGCUGUUCUCUACCCGAUUCUGAGGAUUUAUGGAACAGUCUGCAGUGUUUAUGGAAGGCCAUCCUAGACUUGUCUGAAGAUUCUCCUGCAGUUCCUGAGGAUUCUGUAUUUCUGCUUAGUGGUGGGGAUUCCCUUAAAGCCAUACGCUUUCAGCAAGAAGUAGACAAUCUUGUUGGCAGACCUGUAACAGGUUUAGUUGAGGUCAUCCUGAACGACAACUUCCUUGAUAUUUACAGACACAUUUCUAAAUCAGUACAAUUAACUGAAGAACAUGGAAAUACUGACCUCAACCAGAGUACAGCGGAUAAUCUGAGAAAUAUACAUGAUGGAGAGAAAAGGAGGCAACAUUCGGGCAAAAGGAAAGAUCAAGCAAUAAUGGAACUGGAAGGAAAUAGGAGCUUUUUCAUUUCUCUCAGCAAAGGAAGCCGUUUAUUUGUUUAUGAGCCUUUGUCUUCUGAUAUCAUGGCUCAGCAGAGCAAGUUAUUCACUGGACUAAACCACAAACUGUCCAACCUUUUUGAAAUACAUUGUAUGAACUGUGACAGCAAAAGAUUAAAGAAAUCUCAAUGCAGAUGCUGCAGUCAGUGUUCUCCAAGUUCUGGAGUAGCAUCUAGUCAAACUGGAGGUCUUCUAUACAGCUCUCUGUGUCUGCAGGAAAGAUGGACAUCUGACACUGGGAAAUGUGUUGAUGCUUCACCUCUUCUUGUGAUAUCAGCCAGCAAAGACUCACCAGUGAUUUACAUUGGGUCUCAUUCUCACAGAAUGCAAGCUCUUGAUCUACAGAAUGGGCAAGUGAUCUGGGAAAGAGUCCUGGGAGAUCGUAUUGAAUCUUCUGCUGGAGUGUCUAAGUGUGGCAGAUUUGUUCUCGUUGGCUGCUAUGACGGUUCACUUUAUGCCUUGUGUAACCACAGCGGGGAAACGCACUGGAUUUUUACAACUGAGAAUGCAGUAAAGAGCUCUUCUGCCACCGACUCGAUCAGUGGGCUUGUAUAUAUUGGCUCCCAUGAUGGUCACAUAUAUGCUUUGGAUAUUGAAAGAAAGCAGUGUAUCUGGAAGUCUCACUGUGGAGGGGGUGCUGUGUUCUCUUCCCCUUGUGUAAGCACCAAACCAUAUCACUUAUAUGUUGCUACCCUUGGAGGAUUAGUAAUAGCUCUCCAUCCGCCUACAGGGCGCACUAUAUGGACAUAUGCAUGUGGGAAGCCUGUAUUCUCAUCACUUCAGUGCAGCCAUGACCAUCUUUUUGUCGGAUGUGUGGAUGAAAACUACUACUGUCUCAGCCAUGCAGGAGAAAUGGUUUGGCAUCUUAGAACUGACGGACCGAUUUUUUCCUCUCCAUGUCUCUCUGAUUUCUCUGGCUGCAGUGUAUUUGGGUCACAUGAUGGCUACAUCUAUUGCUGCAGUUCUGAGGGGCUUCUACUUUGGAAACACAAAACAAGUUCAAAAGUGUAUGCCACUCCAUUUGUGUUCCCUAACCCAUGCAUAGAGGCCAGUGAGCUGGUGGCUGCAGCUUCUACAGACGGAGACUUGUACAUACUGGAUGUCCAGAGUGGAAGCUUGAUGGCCCAGUACAGACUGUCAGGGCAGAUAUUCUCUUCCCCUGUGGUAUGGGAAAGCACUCUCAUUGUUGGCUGUAGAAAUAACUAUGUGUAUUGCUUAGAUCUAUCCUGCAAAAAUGCCAUCAAAUAAAAAUUAAUUUUCAUUG